AUGCCGUCCACUCGCCAGCGCAACACUGUCCUGGCUGCAGCUGCCACCGCGUCUGCCGGCGCUCUCACCUUCGUGGCACCCCCGAGCACGCCCAGUGCCGCGCGCAUCGAGCCAGGUGUCGCGGCUGGCCAUGCUGCGCAGGCCCAGCCCCAGACCUCCAUGGGUGCCGCCACCGUGGGCGCGGCGGUGCUCGCGGCGGGCUGCGCCGCUCGGGUGACAGCGAAGGGCAAGGGGCAGCGCAAGGCCGUGAAGGUGGCAGCGGUCAGCACCGACACGGAGGUGGAGACCGACUGCAUCAACUCAAUCCGCUUCCUGGCAGUUGAUGCCGUGAACAAGGCCAACUCUGGCCACCCGGGCGCACCUAUGGGUCAAGCUCCGAUCGGUUACCUCCUCUUUGCGGAGGAGAUGGCCUACAACCCCAAGGACAGCAGCUGGUGCAACCGUGAUCGUUUCGUGCUGUCCUCUGGCCAUGGCUGCAUGCUUCAGUACUCCCUGCUGCACUUGGCCGGCUAUGACAGUGUCGCCAUGGAUGACCUGAAGCAGUUCAGGCAGUGGGGCUCGAAGACUCCUGGCCACCCGGAGAACUUCGAGACUGACGGCAUCGAGGUCACCACCGGCCCGCUAGGAAUGGGCAUCUCCAACGCCGUUGGCCUGGCUGCAGCGGAGGCGCAUCUCGCGGCCGCCUACAACAAGCCGGACUUCACCCUCAUCGACCACUACACCUACACCAUUGCCGGUGAUGGCUGCAUGCAGGAAGGCAUCUCUCACGAGGCCUGCGCUUAUGCCGGCCAUCUGGGCCUCGGGAAGCUCAUUGCCUUCUAUGAUGACAACGGCAUCACCAUCGAUGGCCACACCGACCUCUCCUUCACGGAGGAUGUCGGCAAGCGCUUUGAGGCCUACGGCUGGCAGGUGCUGGUCGUCGACAAGGGCGAUGAGGACGUCGACGCCAUCCGCAAGGCCAUUGCUGAGGCCAAAGCCUGCACCGACAAGCCCACGCUCAUCAAGGUGAAGACCACCAUUGGCUUCGGCUCGCCCAACAAGGCCGACAGCCAUGAUGCGCAUGGUGCCCCCCUGGGCGCAGACGAGGCCGAGGCGACGCGCAAGCAGCUGUCUUGGAACUACGGCGAGUUCGAGGUCCCCGAGCAUGUCUACGCAGCCUUCAAGAAGCAGGCCGAUGCUGGCGCUGCCAAGCAGGCUGAGUGGGACAAGCUCUUCGCCGCCUACAAAGAGAAGGAGCCCGAGUUGGCCGCGCAGUUCGAGCGUGCGGUGCUCAACAGGAAGCUGCCAGAGAACUGGGAUGAGUGCCUUCCCAAGCUGACCGAGAAGGACAACGGCAAGGCCACGCGCUUGCACUCUCAGGACUGCCUCAACGCCAUUGCGCCGGUGCUGCCGGAGUUCAUGGGUGGCUCCGCCGACCUUGCGCCUUCCAACAUGACCCUGAUGAAGUGCACGGGCGAUUUCCUGAAGGACAGCUACUCAGAGAGGAACUUCCGCUUCGGCAUUCGCGAGUUCGGCAUGGGCGCCGUCUGCAACGCCUUGUCGUUGGACAAGACAGGCAUCAUCCCCUACUGCGCCACCUUCACCAUCUUCACGGACUACAUGCGCUCCGCCAUCCGUAUUGCCGCCCUGUCCCAGGCAGGCACCAUCUUCGUGACCACGCACGACUCCAUUGCCGUCGGUGAGGAUGGCCCCACGCACCAGCCCAUUGAGACCAUCCCUUCCCUGCGACUGAUCCCUGACCUGACCGUGAUGCGACCGGCCGAUGGCAACGAGACCGCUGGGGCCUACAAGUACGCGGUGGAGCGCUCCAAGAAUGAGUCCCGGCCGACCAUGAUGGCUUUCUCCCGCCAGGCGCUGCCGAACCUCCCCAACUCCUCCAUCGAGAACACCCUGAAGGGCGCGUACGCGGUGGUGGAGUGCUCGGACCCAGAGGUCAUCAUCGUUGGCACGGGCUCUGAGGUCCACGUCUGUGUCGAUGCCGCCAAGUCAAUGGACCAGAAGGUCCGUGUCGUGUCCAUGCCUUCCGUGGAAGUCUUCCGUGCUCAGUCUGAUAGCUACAAGGAGUCCCUGCUUCCAAAGGGUGUCCCCACCCUGAGCGUGGAGGCCGCCUGCACCUCCGGCUGGGACGAGUUUUCCACCGCGCAGGUGGGCAUCAACGUCUUUGGCGCUUCCGCGCCAGGUGGCACCUGCCUGGAGAAGUUCGGCUUCACUGCGGAGAACGUCAAGGAGUGCGCAGAGAAGUGCCUCAAGGGCGAGACGGGCGUCCUUUCCGAUGGCACCCAGGGCAAGCACUGA